UUUUUUUUUUUUAAUCAAAUAAAAAAGAAAAGUUUCUUUCUUUACUUCUCUUUUCCCGUGUUAUUUUUCUUUUCUGUUAUUUCACUUGAAAUGGAAACUGAGCAACAGCACAAACGGCAACGUGUAUCCAAGGCUUGUGAACAAUGUAGAGGCAAGAAAACCAAGUGCGAUGGGCAACUUCCUAGUUGUGGAAUCUGUAGAUCACAAAACAUUACAUGUACAUAUAAGGCUAUUACAAAGAAGCGGGGACCUCCAAAAGGAUAUAUUGAAGCUAUUGAAGGACGUCUACAUCGUUUGGAAGCAUUGAUUGGAAGUAUUAUUCAAGAAGAUGAUCCUCGGUUCCAAGCGAUAUUGAAUGAAUUGAAUGCUCCACUACAAACCGUCAAUGGUGAGCUGAUUCGACCACGAAGAGCAAAUGCUGUCACUUCAUCCUAUGAUACCGUUUCUCCAACAUCAACAACAGCACCAUUAUCAUCAUCAGUAACUGAAGUACAAAAUGCAGGUUUAUCUCAAUAUUUAGAAUCAUCAUCAUCACUACCUCAACAAUCGCGAGAACGGAUUCAUCAACAAUCACAAGUAGACUAUAAUGAAUUGAGUAGUCAUGAAAGCGAUAUCUCACCCACUGUCAAAGUAGAAGAGGAUGUAGAAACCAGCGAUAAUUUAGGCAAUCUCUCUGUGGAUGAAAGUGGACAACUACGAUAUUAUGGCAAGUCAUCUGGAUUUUACAUGUUACGCAAUAGUCAAAACUUUCGAAAUGGUGCCUUCCGGUUCAAUUCUAGAGGAUAUCGUGGUGAUUCAAAAAUGAACCCAUUAGAACAACUCAUCAUUGAUCCAUUUGAACUACCUCCAGCCGAUCUAUCAAAAAUUCUCUUGGAUCUCUAUUUUGAUCACUUUUAUACUCUGCUGCCUAUUGUGCACAAGGAUUCUUUUCGGCAAGCAUAUGAAAAUACCACAAAUCCUCCUUCUCACCUAUUACUGAACGCUAUUUAUGCUGUCGCCUCUCGGAUAUGCUCUGAUGAACGUGUACGAACUACUCCUGAUCAACCGGAAACUGCUGGUGAUAUCUUUUUUGAACGAGCUAGGAUUCUUUUGGAUUUCGAAUAUGAUGAUUUCAAGGUAUCUACGGUACAAUCUCUUCUUUUGAUGAGUAGUCAUCAGAACGGCGCUUUGAAAAGUAUUCGUGGAUGGAUAUACAGUGGAAUGGCUUUCCGAAUGAGUCAAAAUCUUGGAUUACAUUGUAACUGUGAUUCAUGGGACUUGACACAUACUGAAAAAGAAGAACGAAAACGAGUGUUUUAUUGUUGCUUUGUGAUUGAUCGUUUAUCAAGUGCUAUGCAUGGACGAUCGCCUGUGGUGGAUGAACGUGAUUGUGAUGCUCCUUACCCUCAGGACAAUGACAAAUGUGAUCUAGACAAAAGUGGAAUCAAGAUUAUGGACAACUUUCAUGCUUUGAUCAAACUAUGUGAUAUCCUAGGUUGUGUUCUACGUGAUGUAUAUUCUGUAAGAGGAAGACAACAAUUGAAACGAAUGACAUCUCCUGAUGUUCUUGUGUCGAAACUGGAUAAAGCAUUAAACAACUGGAUGUCGAAAUUACCAGUAUCAGCACGAUAUCGACCACCGAACACUCGAAUAGCAGAAGAAGCACCAGCACCAUCUUUAGCAUUAUGUCAAAUUCAUAUGCUCUAUUACACCACAUUGAUUUUACUACAUCGACCAUUUAUCCCUGGACCAACACAAACCCAAUCCCCAUCUGUUUUUCCCUCACGUGAAAUAUGUACAUAUGGUGCCAAUAAGAUCUUGGAUAUUGUGGUGUCAUUGAUGAAGGAAAAGCGGCUCAAGAAUGUUAACAAUUACACACUGUAUUUUAUGUUUACAGCAGGCAUUAUCUUUAUCAACGAUGCAUCAUCUCCGGAUAGUAUGGAUGCUUUUGAGGCCAAGAUUAGUAUCAACAAGAUUAUUCAUGCAAUGGAUACAGUGGAAACAACAUGGAUUACUUCGGCAAGACAUUCCAAUAUACUUGGUGAAUUAGCAGGAUUACGUGAUAUCAAUUUGGAAGUGGUGAAUGAAAAUUUCAAACGAACUAUGCAACAACAACAACAAGAACAAGAACAACGAAAAAGACAACAACAACAAUCAGCAUCUAUUGUCAUGCCCAAUUCGCCUGUUCUCAAUACCAAUGAUUCAUUCUCAACUAUACAACCACAAAACAAUCAAGGAUCAUCCUUUCAAUCUACUUAUUCAAAUCGAGGUACAGGUAGUACAACACCUAGUAUUAUGGAUAGCUAUAUAGAUGAUCGUCUUAGUACCAGUUCUAGAUCGCCUUCAACUUCAUCCAUAUUAUACGAUAAGCCAACACUGGAAGCUAAUACUACUCUAGAGAAUGAUAGACCUUUUGAUCCUCUCGGUACUGCCUUCUUUGGUGUUCCCUCCUCUUUUGAUGUGAAUGAAUGGACUUACUAUUUGAAUAGAAUGAAUCAACAACAAUCUUGAUACUCAUAUUAGUUAGUUCAUCCUUUUUUUUUUAUGUUAUGAUUUAAUAAUAUAUUCAUUAUUACUAGUAUGGCGUUUCGCCUUUCUCCAUUUCA